AAUACUCAUUAGUUUAAAGAAAAUACUCGUCUAAUCAACACACUACUGCAAUACGUAACGAACAAUUUAAUCAUCUCCACAAAAAAAUUAAAAGAAAACAAUUUAAUAAAAACAACUCACUCAAACAAUAACAACAAUUGAAUUCUAAUUAAAAUGUCCUCCUCCACUCCCACCAAAGAAGAAUUAAAAAAAUACUACGAUGUUACCUUGGACUUGGUAAUGAAAUGUGGUCCCAUAAUGCGUGAGGGCUAUAUGAAAACAGAAUCUACGUAUGAAGUUAAAUCGGCCUAUUACGAUUUGGUCACUGUGUAUGAUAAACAAAUAGAAGAUCUAUUAAUAUCUGGUUUACAAGCGGCAUUUCCUGAAUCCAAAGUUAUAGGUGAAGAAGAAUCGGCAGCUAAUAAACGUUUAGCUGAAUUAACUGAUGCUCCUACAUGGAUUAUUGAUCCCAUAGAUGGUACUACAAACUUUAUAAAUCGUAUACCACACUGCUGUAUAUCAGUGGGAUUAGCCAUCAAUAAAGAAUUAGUGGUGGGUGUUGUUUACAAUCCUAUUGCAAAUGAAAUGUAUUCAGCUUGGAAGGGUCAUGGUGCCUAUUUGAAUGGUCAACCUAUUGAGGUUUCUAAAAAUUGUACUUCGAUUAAAAACGCCGUUGUAGGCUUUGAGAUCUCAUUGAUACAUGUGCCUGCGGUAAGAGAUAAAAAUGUUAAACGUUUAUUGAAAUUGGCCUCUAACGGCACUGG